AAGAACAUUUUCUCCAAAAGUAAAACAUAUCUCACUCUUUAGUCUCUCCACUCUUAAAAAACAUUUUCCAUCAUCCAUCAAAAAUGGAGGCUCAUCCACACAACAAAACCGACCAGACCAAGCAUGUCAUCCUCGUACACGGUCCCAUCAUCAUCGGAGCUGGCCCUUCCGGUCUUGCCACUUCAGCAUGUCUCUCGAGCCGUGGAGUCCCUUCUUUGAUCUUAGAACGGUCGGAUUCAAUAGCAUCUCUUUGGAAAUCUAAAACCUACGACCGACUCAAACUCCAUCUCCCAAAACACUUUUGCCGGUUACCCCUCUUGGAUUUCCCUGAAUAUUUCCCAAAAUACCCUUCCAAAAACGAAUUCCUGGCCUACCUUGAGUUCUACGCUUCCCACUUCCGCAUCGUCCCAAGGUUCAACAAGAACGUCCAAAACGCAGCUUUCGAUUCUUCCUCCGGUUUCUGGAGAGUAAAGACUCAUGAUAACACAGAGUAUCUCUCCAAAUGGCUUAUCGUCGCCACCGGUGAGAACGCAGAUCCAUACUUACCCGACAUUCCAGGGAUAAAGAAGUUUUCCGGCGGGAAAAUCGUUCACGCGAGCGAAUACAAAAGCGGCGAAGAGUUCCGGCGGCAGAAAGUUUUGGUCGUCGGUUGUGGAAAUUCCGGCAUGGAAAUUAGCUUAGACCUCGUCCGACAUAACGCAUCUCCUCAUCUUGUUGUCCGAAACACCGUUCAUGUGUUGCCAAGGGAGAUACUUGGGCUAUCAACAUUUGGAGUUGGGAUGACACUUCUCAAAUGCUUACCCUUAAGGCUCGUUGACAAGUUCUUGUUAUUGAUGGCCAAUCUUUCGUUUGGAAAUACCGACCGGUUGGGUCUUCGCCGACCAAAAACGGGUCCGCUUGAGCUAAAAAAUAUCACCGGAAAAAGUCCGGUCCUCGAUGUCGGAGCUAUGUCUCUCAUCAGAUCUGGCAUGAUUCAGAUAAUGGAAGGUGUAAAGGAAAUCACAAAGAAUGGAGCAAAGUUUAUGGAUGGUCAAGAAAAGGACUUUGACUCUAUCAUAUUUGCCACUGGUUACAAAAGCAACGUGCCUACUUGGCUUCAGGGAAGUGAUUUUUUCACGGACGAUGGGAUGCCGAAAACGCCGUUUCCUAACGGCUGGAGAGGAGGGAAAGGAUUGUACACAGUUGGGUUUACGAGGAGAGGACUCCUUGGAACGGCGUCUGACGCCGUUAAGAUCGCUGGCGAAAUUGGUGACCAGUGGAGAGACGAAAUCAAGGGGUCCACCAGGAAUAUGUGCAGUUCUCGUUUUGUCUUUACCUCUAAAUCCUAAUUUGCGUUUUUCACAUAUUUUUUUUUUCAAGUUACCACCUAAUUUUGCAUGUUGUAAAUCGAAGAAAUAAACUUGUAUAUAUUUU